AUGUCCCCAUUCAAGCGGAAGAAACUCUUCAAGAACCUAGGCUUAGGCUGUGGCUGCGCCUCUACCACUAACUCCAAUGCUACUUAUGUCUACGAGCCCAAACCCAUAAUACCCAAAAUCAAGCCUAGAUCAUCCAUUGUUUCCUCUUCCAAUGAUGAAGAGACUUACAUCUCCAUAUCCCCUUCCACCUCUUCCAUCCUCUCAUCUAAUUGGCACAGUUGCAAUAAUGAGAAUAUAGAUAAGAAAAUGAUUACUACGACAACCUCUGCCUCAGCAGCAUCACCAUCCGCUUCAAGGAGAUGGAAUAUGGAGGAUCAAAAAAGGCAAACUACUGAUAGUAUUAGCACUACUGCAGUGGUGAUGGAGUCUGAGAAUCCUUACGAUGAUUUCCAACAGUCAAUGUUGGAAAUGAUAACAGAGAAUCAGAUAUUUUCUGCAGAAGAACUCCUUCAACUUCUCCAUUGUUUCCUAAGCCUUAAUUCUCCUGCUCAUCACCAUCUCAUCCUUUGCGCCUUCUUCCAGGUUUCCCAGUAUGCCAUCGUUUCUUCCUCAAAUUAA